AUGUACACCUACACUCCCACCUCCAAGUUCCUCGUUCUGGCUCCUAUCCAGUCUCCUCCUCUUGCUGCUACCAACGAGCAGACCGAAACCAAUGCCACUUCAGUCCCCCGCCUCCCCGCGGGAUUCCUCUUCCUGGGCUACGACCACCCCAGGGCCGCCAGCCCCAGCGUCUGA